AUGUACCUACGUACGUACCAGCUGGUCUGCAAACGCCUGGAAAUGGUGAUACCACGGGGCUCCGCCGUCGUCCUAGUGCUGUUGCCGCUCUCUUCCCUGCUUCUGUCCGCCGAAGGCGCCGCAGAGGCGGAGCUGGUGACUUGGAAGUGUGACAACGGCACGUACUACGCCACGAACUCCACCUACCAGUCCAACGUGCGAACCCUCCUCGCCUCCAUCGCCGCCAACGCCUCCCUCCCAUCGUCCUCCGGCGUUGGCUUCGCUACCUCCGUCGUUGGCGCCAGCCCGGACACUGCCUGGGGCCUGGGGCUCUGCCGCGGCGACACCACCGGCAGCGCCGACUGCGGCGCCUCCUGCCUUGCCGUCGCCGCCGAGGUCGCCUUCGGCACGCAGUGCAUAGGGGUCAGGGAUGUGUCCGUCUUCUACGACCGCUGCACCGUCCACUUCUCCUUCCGGGACUUCCUCGCAGCCCCUGACAACACGAAGGUGCAGGCCAGGGGCGUCAGCGAGGACACCGUCGUCACCGCCCACGGCCGCUUCAACGCGCUCCUGGCCAGCCUCGUCGGCGCGCUGGCCGACUGGGCGGCGUUCAACACCACGUCCAGGUACGCCGUCGGGACCAUGGACGUCCCCGACGGCCAGACGGGGUUCCCGACCACCAACGGGGACGUGGUGCGUAGGGUCAACGGCCUGGUGCAGUGCACGCCGGACCAGGCGCCCGGGCCGUGCCGGAAGUGCCUGCAGGGGCUCAUCGAGGAGAUGCCACCGGUGUUCAACGGCAGCAUCGGAGGCCGGCUGCUCGCCGUGUGGUGCAACCUCAGGUUCGAGGUGCACGACUUCUACGACGGCGCACCGAUGCUCAGCCUGGUCGCCCCGCCACCGACCACUUCUCCACCUCCAGCCUCGACUACGCACCACAGCGGAAGAAACUGGAGAAGGUGGAGACAACGUGCAGCGAUAGUAUCGGCCAUUCUUCUUGGCGUCACUGUUGUCUUUCUGAUCAUUUCUGCGGUGAUCUUAUGUAGGAAUGGUAAAAAGCAAAUCUCAUACCUGCAGGAAGACGGUGACGGCCCCGCAUCACUUCUCUUUGACCUGCCAACGUUGAGGAAAGCAACCCACAAUUUUGCCAAAGAGAAUAAGCUUGGUCAUGGAGGCUUUGGCGCAGUAUACAAGGGGGUCUUGCCUAAUGGACGAGAAAUAGCUGUAAAGAGACUUGACAAAACUUCAGGGCAAGGUCUAAAGGAGUUGAGGACCGAGCUAGUGGUCGUGGCAAAGCUCCGACACAACAAUCUCACAAAGCUUCUUGGUGUGUGCUUGAAGGGACAAGAGAAGUUACUCGUGUACGAGUACCUGCCCAAUAGAAGCCUGGAUACCUUUCUUUUCGCACCUGAAGGUGAAAAGCGUCUAUUAUUGAACUGGGAGACAAGGUAUCGCAUAAUCUACGGAACGGCACGAGGUCUUAUAUACCUCCACGAGGACUCGCAGAUAAAGAUCAUACACCGUGAUCUCAAGGCCGGCAACAUCCUGCUCGACGCCGACAUGAACCCAAAGAUCUCGGAUUUCGGCCUAGCAAGGCUCUUUAACAGCGAAAGUACGAGUACCGUCACGAACCAAGUAGUCGGAACACUUGGAUACAUGUCCCCGGAGUACGCGGUCAUGGGGCACAUGUCGGUCAAGCUAGAUGUGUACAGCUUCGGUGUCCUCGUCCUGGAGAUCGUUACAGGAAGGAAAAAUACCGAUGCCAUUUUCGAGGAUGAAGAGUCUGGCAACGCCAGUAGCCUGGUCAGCUAUGUAUGGGACGAAUGGUCGAAGGGAACACCACUAGACAUCAUGGAUCCGUCGUUGGACGGCAAGAUCAGCGAGAGCGAGGUACUCAAGUGCAUCCACCUGGGGCUUCUGUGCGUGCAGGAGAACCCGGCGGACAGGCCGACGAUGCUACACGUCCUCGUCAUGCUGCACGACCGCCAAGCAUCGAACUUCAUGGCACCGUCAAGGCCGGCCUUCACCUUUACGGCCAGCGCUGUGUCCGGAGAUCGAGUGCCCACCCAAGUAGCAACGACUGCUUCUGAUGUGCCGUCUGUCAACGAGAUGACAAUGUCGGAGUUCGAGCCUAGAUAG